CCUCCACCCUCCGUCCACCCCACGCCGCCGCUCCCUGCUCCCUGGUGCUGCCGCGCCCCUUCCGCGUCUGAUGCACUACUAUGCGCCCCUUACUUCGGCCGCCGGCGACCAGCCCCUGACCCUGCAGCUGAAGUGUCGCUUUUUGCAUCAGUGGCGGCGCUUUCGCAUCGACGUCCCCCCGGCUUCCACCGAGCGGACCUGCCUCAAUCCGGUGACCAGCUUUGUCUUGCCGUACCCCUGGAAGUCUCACCGUCAGACGCUCUUCUGUCUGGACGGUUGCGUCAAUGGCGAGUGCCCAGCGUACGGCGUGCUGGCCGAGACUUUCCUCAUUUUGGUUGGAUCUGUCCACGACAACUUCGGCGACGUCUUCAUCCUGUAUGAAAAUGAGGAGAUGCCCAGCAUCCAGGUGGACGGUUUUCCGCCAUGCGCCUUCCUCAGUGACCCGCUGGACCUGGCUUACGCCCUGGGGAAGGCCGACUCAACGACCCUGAAAUUGAUCCUGCUGCCCAUCGAUGAAGAUCCACCCCUGGCCGAAGACCCGGCAGCACCGGGACCCCUGGCCGACGAGCUGGCCCCCCGGGAGGCUGGCUUUCAGCAUCCCCUCCACUCGGCCGGGGAAAGCCUCGAUGAUAGCUACUCCACAGGCGAUCCCCCGUGCGAGGAUUACCCGCCACAACCAUGGAGCCCACACGCUUCGCAGGAGAUCCCGAACACGGGCGACAACGGCUGGGACGGCCUCCCGCAAGAAGUGUCCGGCUCAAUGCCGGCGCCACGCCCGCCCGCCCUGGCGUUCGGCCACGAGGAGGACCACUUUGCCGAACGGGACCCCGGAGCACGGGGCAACUUCCCCGCCCUGGCCCCGGCCAUCCCACGCAUCAGCCUGCCGGACGACUUCCUGGCCACCGGGGCCGGAAUGCAGGUGAUCGAUCCGCCCUUCGGACCACCCCGGCCGCGACUGCCCUCCCUGAGCCUCGGCCCAUUGCCCGGGGCCGACCCGGACGUCGAGGCGGAUUCCGAUGCCCUGCUGGCGGCUCGGUACGAGGGCCUGUCCCUGGGCGGCGACCGGCCAACCACCGGGUCGCCAGCUCCCCCGGCAGCUACUUGCGUCUUUUGCCGGAACCCCCUGCAGGCCGGCGUGCCAUCCCUCUGCAUGGAUGGCACCGCUUGCAUCCCUGACGAUCCGACCUUCCGAGUCCCGGCCGCCAUGCCGGACCCGGGCCCCAGUGACCCGGGGCUGGCUGGCUACCCGGGCCCCGGGGCACUGGCCCCAGCUGGCAAGCCGCCCGGGUUGACACUCCUGCCCCCGGUCCCCGGGCUCUCGGUCGAUGUGGACUCCCUGCCGUCGGUCGGCAACUGGGACUACCUGGCCAACAUCGCGGCAUACAUGCGCGAUGCCAGCCUCAGCAUGGAGGACCUGGAGUUUGUGGACAUUCGGUCCCUUUGCCCGGGGCAGCUGGUCGCCAUGACCCCUUGCGCCGGGGAGCGGCCACCCCCGCCGGCCACCCCGGACGACAUGUGGCCCAAGGCACCCCCGGCCCUGCCCCCGACCGGAGGCCAAUCCUUCAGCAUGCUCCAGGGGUCCCUCAUCGGCAGCGGCAUCUCCUCCAUCGUUCGUUUGGUUCGGCACAAGGCCACCGGCAACCUGAUGGCCCUGAAGGUGGUCACCUGUCCGACCGACCGGUCUGGCGGGCAAUCCCAAAUCGAAACCGAACUGAUGAUUCUCAGCCAAGCCAAAUCCCCCUUCAUUAUCGGUCACUUCCACAACUUCUUCCAUCGCGAUGGGGCCAUCUACAUUGCCACCGAGUUCAUGGACUGCGGCUCGCUGCAUGACGUCUGUCACCACCCCACCCUGGCCCGGGAGAAGCCCGGCAUCUACCCACUUCCGGGUGGUGAGAAUGCCCUUCGCCAUGUGGCACGCUCCACGGCAAGUGCCCUGGAUUAUCUUCACACACAGCUUGGCGUCCUGCAUCGAGACAUCAAGCCCAGCAACAUCCUGCUGAACAUUCGCGGCGAGGUGAAAGUCGCCGAUCUUGGUGUCUCGGCACGCCUCAAUCCCGAUGCCAGCGGUGCUCGGACCUGGAUCGGCACCAGUGUAUAUAUGGCGCCCGAGUGCAUUGCCCACUCGAAAUCCUACGGCCCGACGGCGGACAUUUGGUCUCUCGGAAUUACGCUCAUUGAGCUGGCCCACGGUGUUCACCCCUUUUCCACCACUUCAUCGUCCGGCAUUUUGGCCCUCAUCAAUCGCGUUGUCUACGGCCCCAGCCCGAGCCUGGACGCUCCACAGCACCUCCCUCGCAUUGAGGAUCCCUUCUAUCAGCCGACAUUUAUUCGCAAGCUGGAUGACUUCCACCGGCCAAUCGAUGGCUCCGACCUCUUUUCGCCGCAGUUCUCGGACUUUGUCCAGUCCUGCCUCCACAAGGACUCGAAACGCCGGCUGCCGGCCAGUGCUUUGCUUCUCCAUGGCUUCAUCACCUCACUGGACGAUGCGGCCCAGCGGUUCUGUCCGGCCGAAUGGGCGUCGAGCCUGUACCUGGCAACCAUGAAGCGCGAGCUGUGCUCGGCCCACAGCGCUCCGGCCGGCCCGGACCGCUCCACUUCGCCGGUGCCCAGCCCACUGGAUCCCCCUGGCAACGCUGCCACAGUGCCGGCUCUCAGCCCUGGCUCCAGCGUUGAUGGUGCCCUGCCCGAAUAGGCUCCCAUAUCCAAUAUAGACCACUUGUACUUGCA